UAGUAGCUUAUAGUUAGCAUGCUGACAGUACGAUGCUAACAAUAGUAUAAUUACAGAUAGCAUUAGUGAAUUACCAAAAUAUGACACUGACACUGAAUUUGGUUAAAAAAAAAUCUAGCAUGCUAAAAUGCUAACUAAAACAUGCAUCAAGUACCAAAACAUAUUACUCUGAGGUGUGUACCUGCUAGCCUGCUAACGUUAAUCUGCGUCAAAUACCGAAAUAUGACUGAGGUGCAUACCUACAAAGUUAGCUAAAAAAAAUAAAAAAAUAACGCUAGGUAUCAACCGUCCGGUAACAAAAUAUUACAUUAAAAUUGGCAAAAAGGCUAACAUGCUAACGGUUGUGCCGUUAAAAAUGAGCUUCCGGUUGUAUUUUGGACACCUUUGAACCAAAGUAAAACAUAAACAAUAUUUUAUUAGAUAUUUGCGAUUGAUUACCUUUGUGUUAUUUAAAGGUAAAUGUACUUUUAAUAUUCAAGCUUCGUGCGGGUGUAUUUAUGUCAUUAUUCACAAUGUGAACGCCCGCGGACGUCAUACGUAGACCCUCCAGUUUAAAAGUCCACAGCGCCCUCUGCUGGCGAAGCGGCGUUACUGACCGGAAGUGGCUGUAUCCAUGGGAGCCAGCUGCCACAAACUUCUUUUCUCGGCGAGCAAACAUGAGCAAAGACUCGGGUCGGCACGACAUGGCGCGUCUCCGGGUCGAACUGGAGCAAGAACGAGAAAUAAAAGACAUGUUGGAGGAGUCUGUGCGGGACUUGGGCUGCACCAUGAGGGAGCUGCAAGACCGGCUGCACGGUGUGGACCGGGAAGACAACGAGUGGAAGACCAGAUAUGAAACUCAGACCGAAGUCAACGCGCAGCUGCAGAGGCAAACCUCGCUGGUCCACGAACGACUGGAGGACCUGCGCGGCAAACCCAUGGACCGCCUGGCGUCUAUCCGGUCCUACGACGACAUGCCGACGGAGGCUCUGAGACAGCGCCUCAAGCUGCUGACGGACGAUAAGUCACAACUCCGCAGUCAGCUGAUGGACUAUCGGAUCAGGAUCGAGCAGGAGGGGAAGGCCUUCCAUAGGACCAACGACGAGAGGCGGGCCUACCUGUCUGAAAUUGCCAAGCUGUCCUCCACCGUGGAGGCCCAGAGGAGGCAGUACUCCAUGCCGCCACAGAGGGCGGCAGAGAGCCAACCCAGGGCGAAGCAGUGGAGCAGGAAGUCUGAAGGCGACGCCAAGAGAGGAAAAGCCAAAGAAAGCGAGGGAGGAGGGGGACAUGUGAAAGGAGGGGGAGGCCCCAAAGCCCAGCAUGGAAGCAGGUUGCCCACCCUCAAGCAUCACGUGAAACACUAAAAACAAAAACCUGCCGCCCACUUUGCGCUUCCUACAUUUGCAACUUGCCAAGCAAGAAGUCCUCCCAUGCAUGUUACAUGAGCAGCCUCACGCCAACACAACACCAGCUGGUCCUCUCUGGACUGUGUACCUAAUCAAGUGUCCUCUAUCUGAUAGAAAUGUCCAUAACGUGGACAAAAUACAAGGACUGAUGUGUCCAGGGGUUCUUCAUAUUUUUGACCCGGGGGCCCAACUUUUCCCUGUUAGUUGCAUUUUUUGUUGUCAACAUGACUAGGGAAGGUUGUCUGGAUCGUGUCAUAUAAGUAAAUGCUGAUUGAGGUCAUCAACCUGACAUACUCACUUUUUCCACAAAAGAAUAAUAUUAAUAUUGCGUGAUCAAUGCAGCCUUUACUUAUAUGACACGAUCCAGACAACCUUCCCUAGUCAUGGUGCCAAAAAAAAAUAAAAAAAUGCAACUAACAUAAAGGCCGACACAUAACACAACUUGCUCACUGAACUUUGUGGAUAUUAUAAAAAAAAACGUCCAAACACCAUCAAAAAUGUGUAAAUGACACCCAUUUAAAUCCAUAACAAAGCAUGAUGGGGAAAAACGCAAAAGACUCCCCACACUUAUCCAUGUUUGGCUGCUUGAUAUUGCUGAUUGAUUACAAAACUUUAAGGAGGUCGUCACAGAAGUAAACAAGGUAGGAGUACAACUUUCACAUACCCUUAAUAUCCAAUUAUACUAAUUAUUAAUUAUAUAUCCAUUAUUUUGAUAUAAAAUGUGUACACACACCACACCCACAC